UGCUGUCUCAUUCAUCGGAUGCUGGACAGUGUAUGGACUUGCAUUAAAAUUCCACCACAUCUGCUCACUCAGUAAUUGAAAGAAAAAAAACACGGCAGUGACGCAGAAUGUACACUCUCCGAAAGGAUGUGUUAAUAUCCUACACACUUUUUGUGUUAUUACUAUUUCAACACAUGCUGUGGUAAAUUAUCCAAUAAAUGUGUUAAAAAAUUUCACAUGGGUGAUCAACACAACAUGUGUUAAAUUAUUGUUCAAUCAUGUUGCGGACUGCGCUGUCGACAUCAUCAUCCAACUCUGAACUCGUCUCAAAGUGAAUGUCCGUUGCUUUGACCUUUUGAUUGUGACCGCGGAGUUGGAGUCUUGAGGCGAGGAAACCAAAUGACCACAGGUAAGUUAGUGUUCAUCACUAUUUAGCAUUAACGUUGCUGAAAAUGCCUGAGCGAGUUUGUGAUAUUUAGGCAGGGAGCUCUCAAAAAUGUAUUCAUUGGAAAACAGUAAUUCAGCGCGUGAUAAUUAACUUUAAAUAUCACGACGGCUUCAGACGUGAAUAUCAUGUACUACUUCUUCAGUGUUGGCGUUACACUACUGGUGUCGUGUUUAUGUUGGCUGUGAAAUAUGUACUGAGGUUAUUUUAUAAUUCUCUGGCUCUGCAUCUUAUCUGAGGCUCCGAGUUGGGGUUAGCUAGCUGGAUGCUGUCACCAAUCAAAGUAGGGAUGAGUGAUACUAACCUAGAUGCUCACCUGAGUUGAUAACAUUACUUUAGCAUACAGCUUGAAGUAAUGUUAGAUAUUCCCAUUAACUUUUUGAGAGUUAAUGAUAACCUAACAUUACAGAUAUUCACCAUGAUGUUAUACAGAGAAUGGGUUAACAUUAACUACAUUUAGCAAGUGUUUUGGACAAGGGAAGCUGUACUAAUUAGCAUUAGGAGGAUGGGUUAGAGCCGUGUUUCUUCAUGUAUUCGGUGAAUGUUAAUGCUGGGUAACAGGUGCAGACAGACAGUGGCUAACAGAACUUAGCUAGCUCAGUAAUGUCGAGGCCAAAAUUCUUCACAAGGUUAACGUGACAAAAAGAGAGGAUGGGGUUUAAGUUGUAAUGCUUUCCACUAUCUCUGUAAUAUUGUAAUAUUGACCUUAAUUAGGUUGUGCAAAAGAAAUUGUCAGUGAGGUGCUAAACUCAGGAAAUUAAAUAUACGCAAGUUAGCUAGAUUUUCCUGGUGAGUCUACAGCGCCAUUUUGUUCAUUAGCAGAGUGGAGGUUACAUUUCCAAAAUUACACAAUUUGAGAUACUGUAAUGCAGUUUCUCAGUUGAAGCCCAAAGGCAUUUGUUCAUAUUUUGUAGCUAACAAUUAACCAACACUCUUUUUGCUCUUUUACAGCUUUUCAAAUGGAAGGCAGUGGGACUCCUGUCUUCCCAGAUGGCAGGGAGAUUUGUAAGAAGAUGCAUCAACUCCAAUUCUUACAUCUGUCAAAUGUUUUCAUGACUUUAAUAAAUAUCCCCUGAAUUUCAUGCAAUUGUUUUUUUUAUUUUGUGAGCAUUUUAGUAGAAUUUUAACAUACAAACAAAUUGCAUUUUAGGAUAAUUGUAGGGAAAAAGUAUAAACAACACAUCUGUGUUAUUUUUGUGUGGAAAUGUACUAACACACAGCAUGUGUUAAAUGUAUUAACACACUGAUUGUGUUGAAAGCAACACAAAAUGUAUUGUCCUUAACUAGACAUGCAGAUGUGUUAAAUUCACACAUGAUGUGUUAUUUUUAACACGUCCGUUUUAAGAGUGUACUGUUUGCCUCACAGCUGUGGGAUUUGUACAAGAGAAGUAUUCAUUGUCUGUGUGGAGUUUCUCCUGUGUUUCCCAUGUACAUUCAGGUUUCCAUUUUCGUCCAACCUCUCAAAAACACACCAUGUUGUUGGACUGACUUCUAAUUAAAAGGGAAUACAGCAACUCAUGUAUGACAAAUGAAACAGAAAUAUGCUGCACAGGAAAUAACAUACCCACCAUAAGUGGAAGUGGAACCCACUUUCCAGAAAAUUCCCUGUUUAGUGCUACAAUCAAUGGGGCUUCAUUUUUAUUUGUGGUUUUCAGUAUUUUCCAUCAUGCGCAUAUCCUGAAGAAGUGCAAUAUGCACUCCAUCCUCAGUAAGUGUGCCAUGGUCUCUGGUUGUAUUGCUGGAGUUGGUGCCUUUGUGGCUGGAAACUGCAAUCCAGCAGAACUGAUGUUUCUGCAUAACCUAGGUGCUGCUUUGAGCUUUGUGUGUAUCUGCUUCUACACAGUGCUGCUCACAUUUCUGACAAGCAGGUGCAUGCUCACUGGACUAGAGCGCUCCCUCUACCCAAUACGCAUCGUGUUCUCCAGCAUCCAGGUCACACUGACCGUCCUCUAUUGCAUCUUCUUUACUCAGAAGGACUUCUACUACAGGCACAUCUCUGCGAUUUUUGAGUGGACACUCAGCUUGAACCUGGAGCUCUUCGAAUUCAGCUAUGCUGUGGAGUUUUAUUUCUUCUCUUCUGCAAUGCUUUCAGUACUUCUCUCAAACAGUGAUGAAGAGAACACCAUCAUUUUGUCCUGAUGGCUGACAUUUCGCCCACUCUUUUGUUAUUUCUUAGGAGCUGGUUUUCAAACCAGAAAGUUUAGAGAGAUUGUUAGAGAGGCAAACCUGUAAACCGUCCUGUGACUCAGGCAUGUAAGCAUAUUUUUUGCACAAAUGCAAACCUCAGCCUUGGUUGGAAUUUCACACCUGCAGUAUUCUGUAAAGGUUAAAUACACACAGGCUGUAUAAGAUCAAGAAUUCUCACUCGGUAGUAACUAUAGUCUUAUCAAAUCACAGAAAUACCUCUAACACUGAACAAUUUUAUAGACAUAUAUUUAUAUUAUAUGUAUAUGAUGGGGAUGUAAAUUUUGUGAUGAUUGGAUAAAGCAUAUUUAAUAUGUUUUGAGAAACCUAGGCAUAUCAGUAUAGUCUGCAAUGUAGAUAAGGAACUCUCAUCUACCCAAGACAACAUUGAGUAGCUACCAAACUGAAUUAAUUUAAAGACCAAUAAAUUGAACUGUUGUGUUUGACUCUUCAUUUGAUCAUGAUCCAUAUUAAUGCUUUGUAUAUUCAGAUAGCCCCUGUCUUGUUUUUGUGAUGUAAUUAUGUGCUCUUGGUUAAGGAAUUGCAAAAUGUAUCUCCACCCAAUGGCUUACAUUGCUAAAUGUGUUGUAAUUUGAGGAGAUAUUUAAAGGUAGAAGCCUAACUUGCAGAUCAGUUUUUGGGAAUGUAAACAUGCCAGUAAUUGCUUUUCGGUAUGAAUAAGUGUGUGAAUAAUAUGUCUAUUAACCUCAGAGGUCGUGGAAAAGGCUCCAGAUCCACCGCAAACCUUGCCAGGAUGAAGUGUUUACUGAAGAUGACUGAAUGAAUAAAUGACUAGACAAUAAACAGUGCAUACUUAGUUAAAAGUCGGGCUUUUUUGACAAGUCAACAGUAUCUCACUGGAACUGUAAUUUUCUGCUCAGUGUUUCAGCCACUAAUGUUUGCCAAGAUUCAGCACAUAGAAUAGAUUCUUUACAUAAUGAGGUGAUUAGGUGUGGUGCACAAGCCGUUGAUGUGUAAUGUUUAGCAGGUUUUACAAUCUUAUCAGUAUUUAAACAUACAGUCAUAGGAAAAAGAAUUUCUACAAACAAACAAAUCAUUUCAGGUGACAACUCAUCCAACAGUCAUCCAACAUUCAGAAAACAGGUGGGAAUAAAUAAGUACACACCCUUCCAACUUUCACAAUCAUUAAGAGAAUAGUUAGCAGCCAGGUGUUAUUAAUGAAAUACAUAAGAUUAGUUAAUCAUCAAGAAGUGUGACUACCUCUAUAAAAGCAGACCCUUUGGCUGUUUGUUGUUCUGGGGCACUCAGGUAUGUGUCUACAUCAUUCCUUGACGAAAGGGCAUCAGUCAUGACCGCAGAGAAGCAAUUGUUGCUGCUUAUCAAUCUGUGAAGGGUUAUAAGGCCAUCUCCAAACAAUUUGAACUUCACCAUUCUACAGCGAUAAGGACUGUUUACAAAUGGUGAGCCUUCAAUAGUCUAAUCUUUCCAAGAGUGGGUGUCCCAGCAAAUUCAG